ACUGAGGGAAAGAUGGAGGGCGAUUCGGAAAAUCGCAAGGAUCAAAUCCUGGAGCGCCUGAACAAGCGGAACAAGGACAGGCAGAACUAUUUGGACGUGAAGUCGGAGCAGCGCUCCAAGGAGUCGGUGCAAAACGAGGGCGUCGACUACUUUUCCGCGACUUUCACCCAAAGAACCAUCGAUAUAGAGCGGCGACUGAAGGAUCUGCAGUGCGGCGAGGCCCCGCCCACCGAUUUGGCCAGGCAUUUCGCGGACAUAACGCUGGAGAUUCAGGAUUUGCAGCGCUAUCUCACAGCUUCCACCAUGUUCCUCUCGGAUUUCAAGAUCAAAUCCUGUCAGAAUAUCCUCAAUACCCUCACUUCUGUGAGCGAUGAGACCCGCCAGCGGCUGCUGCCCAAGAAGAAGUUCGGUUUCAGUGGCAAGAAGACGGCUGCCAAGCAGAAACCCUUGGCUAACAAGGACCUAGUCGAUGCGGAGAUUAGUAAGGCGAAGGAAAACCUAGGCUCCUCCUUCAGCUGGACCAUUGCCAACCGCAAGGGCGAGCACAUAGUCCUGGAUUCGCGGCAGGUCAACGGCCAGGACAUCACCAUUUCGAAUGUCAGCCACUGUCUGGUGGAACUGCAGGGACAUCCCGGCUCCGUGCAGGUUUCCCGCGCCUCCAAAUGCACCCUGCUCUGCGGCCCCAUCGCCCGCUCCUUCUUCGCCGAGCAUUUGGACGACUGCACCCUGGCGGUGGCCUGCCAGCAGCUGCGGCUGCACUCCUCGCACGGCAUCCGCAUCUACCUGCAUGUCACCUGCCGCGCCAUCGUCGAGGAUUGCCGCGCCAUCGAGAUCGGCGAGUUCAACUACGACUAUGCGCAGCUGGAGGCCGACUACCUGGCCUCCGGGCUCAAUAAAUCCCAGAAUAACUACACGGAUGUGGCCGACUUCAAUUGGCUCUCGCCGGACGCACCGUCGCCCAACUGGAGCCUGCUCAAGGAUCAUCCCGAUCCGAACUGGAAUGCCUGGCGGCGCGACUUCAUCGCCAACGGAGAGAAUAGCAGCGGGCACAAGGAUGACAUCUCCAUCAUCUAGUGGCGGCAUCGGCGGCUGCUCCUCGGCUGGCUGGCCUACGGCCUCAUCCUCGGCUGGCUGCUCUGGGAACUGCUGCAAAGGCCCCCCAUUGCCGGGCCCCAACUUAAAACCCCUCGAUCUGUGUAAAUAGCUUUAAGCGUGUUGAUUAAAUAACCAUU